AUAAAUGGCGGCUUCCCGUUCUCAACUGACUGCAUUGAAGUUUUUCAAAUUUUAGGUUCGUUGGGUUCGUUGGCAGCUGAAGUACUAACUUCCUUUUCCAAAUCUUCAAGCUUUUUCAGCGGCUCCGCAGUGAUUCGCAGGAAAUUCAGUAAAUUCUGGGACUGCGCCAGUGGCUUCUCCUUUUGGAUAAUUCCAUGCUGAUCACAGAUUUCAAAAGGGCGUCUUCCUCACGGGGUUGGUGAUGAAUCUGCAGCGAAUUUAAUGCGUUUCUCACUCUGCCCAAUGAGUUUCUCACGGAAGGUGAUCUAUAAAAAGACAGGAGAAUUGUGUAUUUUUCACUGUUGCAAUCAAUAGAGCUGGUUUUGGUUCUUGUGAUCGCCUUCUCUGUAUUCGAUGAAAAUGGGUGUUCCAAUUGUUGGGAUUGCCUUUGGAUUUUGUAUAGUCCUUGUCUUGUCAGGGAUAUGCUCAGCAGGAAAUGCUAUUCCUGCUAAUUUUGUUUUUGGAGAUUCUUUGGUUGAGGUAGGGAACAAUAACUACAUCGCAUCUCUCUCCAAAGCUAACUACAUGCCCAAUGGGAUUGAUAUGGGGAAGCCAACAGGAAGAUACACAAAUGGGAGAACUAUAGUUGACAUCAUAGGCCAAGAAGCCGGCCUUAAAGAUUACACUCCUCCAUACUUGGCUCCAACAACCACUGGAUCGGUGGUUUUGCAGGGUGUCAAUUAUGCCUCUGGUGGAGGUGGAAUUCUGAAUCAAACCGGAAAUAUCUUUGGUGGUAGGAUCAACUUGGAUGCACAGAUGGACAACUUUGCAAAUACCAGACAAUACAUUAUUUCAAGCAUAGGUGCUCCAGCAGCAACAAAGCUGCUCAACAGGGCUCUCUUCUCCUUUACAAUAGGCUCCAACGAUUUCAUCAACAAUUACCUUACCCCUGUCAUCUCAUCUCUCGAGCAAAGGUUGGUCCCUCCAGAAGAAUUUGUGGAAGCUAUGAUCUCGAGGUUUUGUUCACAGCUCACGUUUCACACGUUUCCUCAGAGAGUCUAUAACAUGGGAGCGAGGAAGAUCAUUGUGGCGAAUGUCGGUCCUAUUGGCUGCAUCCCAUAUCAAAGAGAGAUAAAUCCUUCUGCUGGAGAGGGCUGUGCUGCAUUUCCAAAUCAGCUGGCUCAGAUGUUCAAUGCCCGGUUGAAGGAUCUCAUCGGAGAGCUUAACACAUGCCUCAAGGGAUCAAGAUUCGUCUAUGCCAAUGUGUACCACAUUGUAGAUGAUAUCAUCCAAAACUACGCAUCAUAUGGCUUUGAGAAUGCAAAUUCCUCGUGUUGUUAUCUGGCUGGGCGCUUUGGAGGUUUAUUUCCAUGUGGUCCUACAUCCAAAGUUUGUCCAAACAGAGCCAAGUAUGUUUUCUGGGAUCCUUAUCAUCCAACCGAAGCCACCAAUGCGAUAAUAGCAAGGCGGCUAAUGGACGGUGGCUCUGACGACAUUUGGCCGAUGAAUAUCAAACACCUUCUGCAAUCUUGAACUACAGACCAGACUGAGAUAGACCCAGAAGAUGAUUCUUGUGAAACUCCAAAUGGAAGUUGUCCUUUUCCCCUCCCAUUUAUCAUACCCAACAUGGUGAAUACAACAUUUUCAAAGUUGCCUCUUUCCUUACUGUCAAAAAAAGACUCUUUUCGCGACUCCUACCUAUAAUCUUAGUCUUUUAGCACAAGGGAGCAACCUUUUGCUCAGCAAACAGAAGCUAAACUACAAAACUGGACCUCUAGUGGGUACUUCUAGGGUGUGUUUGGUGGAUGCAUUAAGGCAAGGCAUCAACAUCAUCCUUAUUCCAUGUUAUCUUUCCCCGACGUACAGUUGCAUUGAAUUAACAAAUCACAAACAAAACUUGUACGCGUUGUCUAAUAUUGAAUGCCAGCCAUACGUUGCAGCUCCUCACGAGAAUUUCUGUUGCUGAAUGAUUUGGUACAGCUACUUUUGUUUCCUUGUUCUUUCGUUUGGCCUUUCCACUUAUUUUUAUCAUUACUUUUACUUUAAGACUAAUG